CUUGACAAACGGGAGAGUGGAGGAGACGACGAGAGACACGACGCGCUGAGGCUCGACUUGUUUUAUUUACGGUAUAAAAACGGAUUGAGCCGUCUACUUAGAGAGAUAUAUUGAUAAUAUUGAAAUAUCUUCUUUCAACCCAAUAAGCCUUCUUUGAAAACAGCAGUGGUCUUCGCUUGGGACGCGUCUGGAGACGUACCGGACCGGCCUCACCAUGUCUGCCGCCGAGCAGAUGCGGGCCAUGCUGGACCAGCUGAUGGGGACCAGCCGAGAUGGGUGUGGCCAGCUAAAAAUGCGUGUUUGCCGCCGUCAGAUGCCGUCAAUCACGUGUGUAUUACCCCCAUUCAGUCACGGGCCAGUCAGUCGCUCUCUAUCUCAUUAAUCACUGUAGCACUCUGAUGUUUGAGAUCACUCUGGAUAGAUGUCGCUACAUAUCGUUCUAGAGUAAGUGCUUUGGUUAAUUUCAUUUGGGUUUAUGUCCAGACUUGCUUUUCACACUAACUCCUGGUAAUUUUGCUGAACUCUUUAUGAGAAUAACACGAAAGUUUGAUUUGUGCAGACAUCCCACUGCAGAAUCUGUUCUGUUGUCUAUUGUGUGAUACCGUUCCCGCACGAAGAAGAUUGGGUGAGUAGGACUUUCUGGCGAGUGGCCAUCGACAUAUCUAAGCUGUAAUUAUUAUUGAGCUGUAAUCAUUCUCAUGAUUAUGAUCGACCCAAGCAUAGGAGCAGGAAUCAAACAAAAAACUUGUGGAAAUAGACCUAAGUUCUAGCCAAUGCAAUGCAGUAAGUUACGAGCUUCGUAUUAAUAUAAUUUUGUAAAUAAUCGAUUGGCACUCGACGUGAAGCAGCCAUCUAUUUUUUAACGAUUUUUUUCUCUUAAGGAGUGAAAAUGCAAACAAUUUUGCUUCUAGAAUAGUUUGCUUGUUUAGUCAAGGAAGCUGUUUGAAAAGCAAUAGUUAAUGUUACAUAUUGUCUUAAAAUUGAGUUUUGGUUACUAUUUUUGAUGAUCAGUGUUUCAUUGCAAAAUAUUAUACGCUCCGUUGAUUCUUGCUCCUUGGCCAGGGUAGUAGAAACUCAAGUCGAACAUUUCGGUUUGGGUUCUCAGUCGAUAAGUGGCUAAAAAUGUCCUCAUUUGAAGAUCUAAAACGCUCAUUAUCCUUGUCACUUCUACAGAGAAUUCGGCUGCCAUCUGCGACUAAAAAGAAAUGAGUGCAAUUUCGCUUCAUUUAUCAAAUACUGUGGUAUCUUUCGGGCCCUUACAGUAGUCUAUGGCGAUCGGUUGCCGUAUGUCAUAUGUUCUAUGCUUGUAUGCGCCCCGUUUCGCGAUCCUCCGAGGUAAGGGAGGCCUGUGACGAGCUCUGCGGAGCGGACGACACCCUGGUCUGGCCAGCGCCGCCCCGGAGGUACAGGCAGAGCGUGCGGGCGCGCCGCAGGGCCGUUAACACCCUUGCAGGAGCAGCGCCGGAUCGGCAGACGGCGGCGCGCGUAUUGCGAGUCGAAACUCAGCGUGCGCUUCACCGACCCGAAGGUCUGCAAGAGCUUCCUGCUGGGCUGCUGUCCCAACGAGAUCCUGGCCUCGACGCGGAUGGACCUGGGCACGUGCUCCAGGAUCCACGACGUGGCGCUGCGGGCCGACUACGAGUCCGCCAUCAAGGAGAAGGACUACUUCUACGACAUCGACGCUAUGGAGCACCUGCAGUCAUUCAUCCAGGACUGUGACCGGAAGACGGAGCUGGCCAAGCGCCGACUGGCCGAGACUCAGGACGAGCUGUCGGCGGAGGUGGCCGCCAAGGCGAACAAGGUGCACGAGCUGGCCGAGCAGAUCGGUAAGAAGCUGGCGCGGGCUGAGGAGCUCGGCGCCGACGGACUCGUCGAGGAGAGCAUGAAACUCAUGGAGGAGGUGGAGGACAUCCGUAAGCAGAAGGCGCUGGCCGAACAGGAGUACCGCAACUCGAUGCCGGCGUCCAGCUACCAGCAGCAGAAGCUGCGUGUCUGCGAGGUGUGUUCGGCCUACCUGGGCAUCCACGACAACGACCGCCGGCUGGCGGACCACUUCGGCGGCAAACUCCAUCUGGGCUUCAUCAAAAUCAGAGAGAACCUCGCCGAACUACGGAAAACCGUGGAGGAGCGGCGGGAGGAGCGCAGGAAGGCGCGCGAGGCCGAGCUGAAUGAGCGACGGCGCGGCUCGCGCGACCGCGACCGGAGUCGGAGCCGGGAGCGGCGGCGCCGCAGCCGCAGCCGGGACUGGGAGCGGGACAGGGACAGGGACCGGGACAGGUCGUCCCGGCGGCGCAGCAGGAGCAGGAGCCGAGACCGAGACCGCGACCGGCGCAGGUACCGCGACCGGUCCAGUGAGCGGCGCAGGGACCGCUCCCGGGACCGAGACCGGGACCGGGACCGUCGCCGGCGGCGGGACAGCAGGGACCGCGACCGCGAGCGAGACCGACGGUCAGAAAGACGAUCGGCCAGUGCGUCUAACGGCCGCGGGGACUCUGCCAGUCGCGACUAAGUACCGACCGCAGUCGCCUGUCCACCCCGGCCGGUCAGUCCCGCCCCUUGCGGCGUCACUGUUCGAUCUGUGUGACCGGUGACGUCACUGUUCGAUCUGUGUGACCGGUGACGUCACUGCUCGAUCUGUGUGACGUCACUGUUCAGUCUGUGUGACUGGUGACGUCACCGCUGUCCUGUGUGACGUGUUAGCUGACUGCGCGAACUGUAAUGUGACAUCUAUUGAACUGCCGCCUGAGCAGGUCCGAGCGACGGCGGUGAGCCGGGCCGGCGGACCGGCGGCAGCCGCUCUUUAUCUAUCCGCGACGGGACGGGACGGGCUAGGUGGGUGCCGUGGGGCGGGGCGGGUGUGGGGUAGUCACCGUAUGUGCUGGCCGGCGCGCGUCACUCCGAGUUAUGCCGCGGAUCAUCCUCCCAUUGUCUGAGUCCCGCGACUGGCGCGCUCUCCAAUAAAUCGGUACAGCACG